CAGUAUUGCAAAGCCACGCAUGCGUGACUAGUGUUCUCUCUCAGUGCAACGUCAGCGGCAGGAUAAGAGCGACAUCUUCCCAGGCUCGGAGGGAGCAGCGAGGACACAAUGGAUCAAGUAAUGCAAUUUGUGGAGCCCAGUCGCCAGUUUGUGAAAGAUUCGAUCAGACUUGUGAAAAGAUGUACAAAGCCAGACAGGAAAGAAUUUCAGAAGAUUGCCAUGGCCACAGCUAUUGGAUUUGCCAUUAUGGGAUUCAUUGGAUUCUUUGUGAAGCUCAUCCAUAUCCCAAUUAAUAACAUUAUUGUUGGUGGUUAGAACCUUUCUUCUGACUGAAUAGUGUUGGGAUAGAAAAAGAAGAUGGCAAGACAGCAAGAAACACUUUAUAUUUUGUGCUUUAAUCAAUAAAAUUGUUUUGAUUUGUAAAA